ACCCGUAGCUCACACGCGUCCUCUCCUAUUCUGCUGCGUCAGCCCUCCUGCCGCAGCAGCGCUGACAGACUUCCGUACCUCGGGUCUCCGUCUCCCCGCUUGCCGCAGCCGCGCUUACAGUCUCCCGUCUCUGCAGCUCCGGGAAUCGGUGGUCUCCUCUGUCCUCCUUCAGCUUACGACACUGGCGCCGCUCCGCUCAGCUCCCUUAAGCGGCCCGGUCACUCGAUCAGCGGUCCUCUCUCCUUCUCUCUCGCCGGACUAGUCCGCAGCCGCUCCUCCUUCCAGUACGAAAGCAAGCCACCACUUCCAGAACACAAGCAACAUUGUCAAGAGCUGUGGAUGCUGGCGAUACAGGGGUCUGGCAGCCACACGAGCAGGCCUACCAAGAGACGUCGUCCUGAUGUCGCACCAACACCAGCAUUAAGCCCACCCCAACGUCGUAUUUCGACUGUGUUGCCUCAGCCACCAGAACACAUUUUGGAGAGUCCUCAAUCACCGAAACCACAUUCCCCUCAGCUGUCUGAACCAGACAUCAUGCCCCCGGAAGCCCAGCAGGAAUCUGAAAAUCAGGAAACAUACACCCUCCAUCUGCAACCAAUAGACGUUAACCAACCUACCACGCCUCAGGAAAGUACCCCGCCAACCCAAAUGUCACCACACCAACAAUUGACCCAAACAACCCCCCCGCCACAACCUGACCCAUCAUUUUGGGGAAAUUGGAACCAACAACAGGCACAGAAUCUUGAGUGCCUAUGCACACACACCCAAUACCUAGCCAGUCUGCCCCAUCACCUACCGAGACUGUGUAGAAACACAAGCAGGCUCAAUGUCCAGCUACGAAGAGUCGCAAACAGUCUGGAGCAGAUGAGAGCAGACAGUCAACUUAUUGUUACCUUUCAGCGCAUAAUGGAUGAGCAACACCGCCAUCAACAAGCCCUCAUUCAGUUAAUUCAAACUAAUCAAAUUAUAUCAGAAACCAUGUCCCGCAUCAUAGACAACAACACAACAGCCACAACACAACUUACCGCAACCCUGGCCAACCUCAGUCAAAAUAUUAAUUUGUUGGCACAACACCAACAAGGUUCCAGCUCAGGGACCACCACACCUACCCAGACCCCAAUUUCAUCACCAGUUCGAAGAUCAAGCCGAACCCGCUCCAAUGUCCAAACCAAACCCACGUCAGCCACCAAAGAACAGCCUAAGAAAUAACCAACACUGCAGCUGGAGACACAUUGUUCACAAUCCUAGGCCUACAAAAUAGCACUUUUUUUGAAACUAAAACACAUGUUGUACAGUAAUAAAUGUGACAAAUGAUU